AUGCCAUUUCUGAAAUGUCCUCCAGACUCCACACCCAAAUCCCCCACAACGUCCGCGUCGCCCUUCAAACCACGCUCCUCCCCCGCGGCAGCGGUCCCCACAGCACCUCUCCUCCUGAUCCCCAGCAGCACCGGCGUAGGCUUCUCACCCUAUCUCAUGCAUCGAAGCAAGACAAUCUACGGCGACGACGCAAAUAUCUUCCGUCCAGAGCGAUGA